AAUACGGGUAGCGAAAAGACAGCUUACAUUCUGACGUGGACUACUUACGUACACGUCACUACGUAUGUACGUGCUAUGUCAUCGCCGCCGGUGCACUUCCUUCAUCCGGGUAGAAUAUUUGUUGUUGUAGAUGCAUCUGUGUGUCUUCUGAGACCUCAUCGCUCGGAAGUUAGCCAUGAUGCUCGGUGGCCGUUGGCUCAGUGUCCGUCUGUUGCUGCAGAUGUUGUGUGCACAUCUGCUGUGGGGUCGUGUGUGGGGCUCCGAGCUCACAUUUGAGCUUCUAGAUAACGCCAAGCAAUGUUUCUACGAGGACAUCACCAUCGGGACUAAGUGCACCCUGGAGUUUCAGGUUGUGACCGGGGGCCACUACGAUGUUGACUGUCGUCUGGAGGAUCCAGAAGGUACAGUUCUGUACAAAGAAAUGAAGAAGCAGUAUGACAGUUUCACAUUUACCGCUGCGAAAAAUGGAACGUACAAGUUCUGCUUCAGCAACGAGUUUUCCACCUUCACACACAAGACCGUCUACUUUGACUUUCAAGUCGGUGAUGACCCUCCGCUAUUCCCAAACGAAAACCGAGUGACCGCAUUAACUCAAAUGGAAUCUGCCUGCGUCUCCAUCCAUGAAGCCCUGAAGUCUGUGAUCGAUUACCAGACUCAUUUCCGUCUGAGAGAGGCGCAAGGACGCAGCAGAGCAGAAGACCUGAACACCAGGGUGGCAUUCUGGUCCAUUGGGGAGGCAUUUAUUCUCCUGGUGGUCAGCAUCAGCCAGGUCGUGCUGCUCAGGAGCUUCUUUUCAGACAAGAAAACCACAACAACCCGUGUUGGAUCCUAACAUCUCCAAGUCAUUAUUAUUUUUGAUCUCACACACACACACACACACACACACACACACACACACACACACACACACACACACACACACACACACACACACACACAAGGGACUAAAGGCUGCUGCCAUGGUUCAUUCUCCAAUUUUAGAACUGCAUACUUAAUGUUUAUUUAAAGAUGUAUCUGUUUGGCUUUACAUCUUUAAGGAUUAUGGAUGGAUUAACAUUCAUAUCCCAUCAAACAAUAUAUUCAGUGCUAAGAAGAAAACCUCUUAAUUUAUUGUGUGGGUGUGUGUUUCAUUUUUACACUGCUUUCUUUAAUUUGUCGAGGCCUGGGAGGAGCUAUUUAACACACACUUAGCUCCACAGAUAUAUUGAUGAACUCAUGACUUGUGGUGCUUAGACUUAAGAUGAGUAUCAUAAAAUACUUUCAGAAACACUUUGGGAUAACACCAUUAUUUCAAACGGAAUUCAUUUUCAUUUCAGUUUAGUACUUAUGGUUGGAAGUGUUUUUAAUUUUUUAAUUAUUUUUUUUAAAUUAGUUUAUUUUUGAUCUAACAUCAUGCGGGCUGGUGCUCUGCUGUUACAUUCUUAAAAGAGGCUUAUUUUGGACAGCUAUGUUCCUGUGCCAUAAUUAGCAUGUCUUUAAAUCCAUGAAUAUCACGUUAAAAAUGAAUAAGCACCGACUUAAAUGAUAAGAAAACAAGAAUAAAAAUAAACAAAUCAUUCACUGAUUUACAGACAUACAUUUAAAAAUGCUGAACCAUAAUGGUGGCCAGUGAUUGUUUGCUCAGGUGAACUUCACCAAGUAUACACUCUGGACAGAUGGUUUAACUGUGAGUUUGAGCACAACAUGAUUAGGUUCCUGAUUGUGUAAAUGCACAGUUUGAGUAUCCACUGAUCUGCAGUUUCAAACAAACCUGUCAUCAGGCAGUAGUCAAAUGUGUUGGGAGCACCGAAAGCUUGAAACUGCAGGAUAGUUGGUCACAUUGGCUAAAAGUGAACAAAGACUCCAGUCUGGUUGGUUUGGGAGACAGAGUAAUUAAUCCAUUAAAAAUAAGAGUGGCAUACAUCAUCUGAUUUAUUUAUUUAUUUUUUUCUAAUUCCUCUACCCAUUGGGUCAACAAAAGUAAAAGCACCAAUUAGUUUAAGAAAGGGUGGUUGUAUUUAGCUUGCACGGAAACAUGUCUGUUGAUGUACUAAAUACUUGGGUAUUUUGUGGUGAAGAACAUAGUUUGUAGUGAUUGAUUUAGUCUAAUAAAAAUGAUUUCCCCUAGUAUUUCUGUCGGGUUAAGUGUGGAUUAAGUAGCAGGUUUCAAUUUGUAAAGCAUCAUGUUCACAUUUUUUUUUUUUUUUUUAAUUCAACUGGUUUCACAUGAACUGUAUUGUGUGUGCAAGCCUUGCCAGGGGUUUUCUUUAUGAUGUUCCUCCAUUUUCACUGUACAUUUGUUUUUUUGUCCAGUAAUCACAUUAUAUAUGGAUUUGUUCAGAACUAAUUGCCCUUGUACGUUUUUAUCACAAAGAGGGAAAAAGUGUGAGAGCUGUUGUACACAAUCAAUAAACCUGAAACAUAU